AUGGAGAUGGAAGCCCACAAUUACGUUGAUAUAAUAAUAGCAGGGAGUAGUACCGGAGGCCUAAUCGCCACUAUGUUAACAGCACCAAACCAACAAGGCCGUCCUCUUUAUGCUGCUAAGGAUAUUGUUCCAUUUUAUCAGAAGCAAUGUCCCAAUAUUUUUCCACAGCACAAUAAAAUGGUAGCGCUAAUAAGAUUGUUGUGGGGUCCAAAAUAUGACGGCAAGCAUCCAAGGAAUUUAAUCCGUGGAAUUUUGGGGAACCGAAGAUUGCACGAAACUAUAACUCAUUUGCUUAUUCCCACUUAUGAUAUCAAAACACUUGAGCCCCAAAUUUUCUAUUCAUAUGAGGCCAAGAUGGAUCUUGGUUUUGAUGCUUUACUAUCAGAUAUCUGUAUUGGUACUUCGUCAGCUCCAAGACCAACUGGAGCCAAAGCAAAUUUAUUGCCGGAAAAUGUUCUAGAUUAUGGCAAGUAUCUAGUUCUAUCUGUCCCAGUUGCUGAGUUGGAUGACUAUUUAAGCGGAGAUGUAUCAUCGACUGAUAAAGCAACAAACAAGUGCAUGGAGAAUCUGGUGAAGAUUGGUAAUAACAUCUUGCAAAAGCCUAUUUCAAGGAUGAAUCUUGAAACCUGCAUAAAUGAAGCUGUUGAGAAUGAAGGCACAAAUGAACAAGCUCUUAUCAGAUUUACAAAGCUGCUUUCACAGGAAAAGACUUCGCACUAA